AGAGAGAGAGAGAGAGAGAGAGAGAGAGAGAGAGAGAUUUGACUUCUCUUACAAUCAAUUGUUUGGUCUCUACUUAUCCUCGUGAAAAGAACCAACCAAAAAAAGUGUUUCUAUAUUGAGAUCUCAUCUAGCUAGCUACCUACACAUAUAGUACAUAGUGUCACUGACAUUAUUCCAGCUCCGUCGAUUCAUCCAUUGUUUUGCGUGACCCAGAAGAAAAUUACACUAACAACACAGGCACCAAAAAGUGAAAUACAAAUAAAUAAAUAAAUAUUCCUGCUUCUUUAACAAAGAUUGUUAUUAGCUUGUUCUUAUUAUAAACCUCUCUUCCACUACUUUCUCUUGUGUGUGUGUGUUUUGUCUCUUGAAAAUGGAUGGGGUUUCGUUUGAAGGCGCAAAGGAUGACAUAACAAUGCAGUUUGCAAUGGUGUGGAGCCAGAUCAAAGCGCCAUUGAUAGUUCCAAUGCUGAGGAUCGCGGUGUUUUUAUGCUUGAUCAUGUCGGUGAUGAUGUUCAUAGAGAGAGUGUAUAUGGGCAUUGUGAUUAGUCUCGUGAAAUUGUUUGGAAGAAGGCCUGAGAAGCGUUACAAGUGGGAGCCAAUGAAGGACGAUGUUGAGUUAGGAAACUCUUCUUACCCCAUGGUUCUUGUUCAGAUUCCUAUGUACAAUGAAAGAGAGGUUUAUCAGCUUUCAAUUGGAGCUGCAUGUGGACUCUCUUGGCCUUCUGAUAGGAUCAUUGUACAAGUUCUUGAUGACUCCACUGAUCAAGCAAUCAAGGAAUUGGUGCAGAUAGAAUGCCAAAGAUGGGCAAGCAAGGGUGUGAACAUAAAGUAUGAAGUGAGGGACAACAGGAACGGAUACAAAGCAGGGGCUCUCAAAGAAGGCAUGAAACGAAGCUAUGUUAAGCAAUGCGAUUACGUUGCCAUUUUCGACGCUGAUUUUCAGCCUGAACCUGAUUUCUUGUGGCGAACCAUCCCAUUCUUAGUGCACAAUCCUGAGCUUGCUCUCAUUCAGGCUCGUUGGAAAUUUGUGAAUUCCGAUGAAUGUUUGAUGACCAGGAUGCAAGAGAUGUCACUGGAUUACCAUUUCACAGUGGAACAAGAAGUGGGCUCUUCCAGUUAUGCCUUCUUUGGUUUCAACGGGACUGCUGGAGUAUGGAGAAUUGCGGCGCUAAAUGAGGCUGGUGGGUGGAAAGAUAGGACCACAGUGGAGGAUAUGGACCUUGCUGUCCGAGCUAGUCUCAAGGGAUGGAAAUUCUGUUACCUCUCCGAUUUGAAGGUUAAAAAUGAGUUGCCAAGUACUUUGAAGGCCUACCGUUACCAACAGCACCGUUGGUCUUGUGGGCCCGCCAAUCUUUUCAGGAAGAUGGUUUUGGAAAUUAUCAGAAACAAGAAAGUGUCAACUUGGAAGAAGGUACAUGUGAUUUACAGCUUCUUCUUCGUUAGGAAAGUUAUAGCACACAUCAACACGUUUGUGUUCUACUGCAUCGUGUUACCUGCGACCGUUGUGGUUCCUGAGGUUGUGGUUCCAAAAUGGGGUGCUGUCUAUAUCCCUUCUGUCAUCACCCUUCUAAAUGCAGUUGGAACUCCAAGGUCGCUCCAUUUACUUGUGUUCUGGAUUCUCUUUGAGAAUGUCAUGUCUCUUCAUAGAACAAAGGCAACAAUUAUUGGUUUACUCGAGGCUAGCCGAGUCAACGAAUGGGUUGUCACUGAAAAGCUUGGAGAUGCUCUCAAGAGUAAAGCCGGAGGUAAAGUAGCAUCGAAGAAGCCUCGAUUCAAGAUUGGAGACAGGUUUCACUUGUUGGAACUUGGUGUGGGAUUUUACCUCUUCUUCUGUGGCUGUUACGAUGUUAUGUUCGGGAAGAACCACUACUUCAUCUUCCUUUUCAUCCAAGCAAUUGCGUUCUUCAUCAUGGCAUUUGGAUAUGUUGGCACCUUUGUUCCCACCUCGUAAAACUAUUUGGCUAUGUUCUUCAUUCAGUGAAAUUUUUCAGUUUGUGCCUUCACUUGUCAAAUGCGUUGUAGUAUACAGGGUCUGGCAAAUUACACAGCAUAUUAGUAUAAAAAGAAAAGGGGUGAUAAUUUUUUUUAAGGUUUUGCAUAAACAGAGUCUGUGACUCUUUAAAAGAGUAGAUUUCCUUGUGAAUAGCAAAAGGCAUAUAACGGAAGUUAAUGGAGGUUCUUCACCUGGGAAACAAGUAUACACAAAAGACGAACACAGCGUCGACAGCAUCUAUGGUGGAUUGUUGAUAAGAUUUUGUAGCUUUUUUUUUUCUUUUUCCUUUUUAUUUGUAAACACUUUUAAUUUAAUUUCUUUACAUUGUAUUUGUUUGAUGAAAUAAGCAGCUCCAAGAAAUGGGUUAAAAUACACAAAAGGU